GGCUUGGAAGACGCCAAGGUCUCAAUGCUCAUCGCCGAGCCAGAUGCACUAGUAAUGAUGCCAUCCACAGAUGGAGUCCACUCCUGGAUUCCUGCUGCAGCAGUCAAAGACCCCAAGGCCGCCCCAGUAACCAAAGAUGAGUUUUUAACCUGGGAAGAGUUCAACAAAGCAGCACCAAGGAUGAUUCUAGCAAUGAGAAUCCAUGACUGGCCGGAUGUCCGAGUACAGAUGCAUAUCCAAUUCUGGACAGCAUUGCAAGAGCACCACCAGCGUCAUGCUCCAGACCCUCUUAAACAACGAGCUCUUUUGAUGUAUCAGUUGCAGCAACAGUGCAGAUGGCAUAUAACGAUUGGAACAACCCACGGUUGGAGUCUAGAGGAGAUCAAUCAAGAUCUACUGCUAGAAGCAAGAGAGGAUUUGUUC